CAUCCCGACUGGUUUGACAAGUGAAUGUAGUUUUUGGCUCCGACACACUGAACAGCUUCAGUGUCUGUCAACCUGUGAUUGAGUUACACUAGUAUGUUCUGGUAGCUCGAGAGUGGAAACUUUCACAUUCUAAUCUUUUCUAAAAUUAAUUCUAUAAUGCAACUUGCAUUACUUUUGUUUUUGUUAGUGGGCACUUGCAGGGCCGAUGAUUUUUUUGGGGAUCUCAAAGAUUGGUUUGACAAAAUAACAGCCCCCAAUGAAUACUGUAACAGGUAAUGGAUUACCCUUGACGGUAAAGGAUAUGGAAAAGGUUUGGAGGCUGACCUGGGAAGAAAUCUCUUUGGUCAACACAUAGCUUCAGACGUCAUCUUGAAUGCUAUGACUGGAUUCAUGAACAAUGAUAACCCAAAGAAGUCUCUGGUCCUCUCUUUCCAUGGGACUACUGGCACGGGGAAGACUUUGGCCAGUCGGCUGAUUGUCAAAAACAUCUACAAGGAGGGGAUGGACAGCCGCUUUGUCCACUUUUUUAACCCUGUAAUUAAUUUCCCGCAUGCAAGCCAGGUUGAGACCUACAAGUCUCAGUUACAGCAUUGGAUCAGAGGAAAUGUCACCAACUGUGCCCAUUCCAUGUUCAUCUUUGAUGAGAUGGACAAGAUGCAUCCUGGCAUAAUUGAUGGCAUAAAGCCAUUUAUGGACUACCAAUACAAGCUGGAUGGAGUGGCAUAUCAGAAAGCCAUCUUCAUCUUCCUCAGUAAUGCUGGGGGAAAAAUCAUCAGAGAGAGCACUUUGGUUUCCUGGAAAGCAGGAAAAAAAAGAGAGGAACUCAAGCUGGAGGAUGUGAAGACAGCCCUGUCUUCGUUUGUUUUCGACUUUUAUGGAGAGAGUAAUGUGGUGGACUUCUUCAUCCCAUUCCUGCCCCUGGAACGCCAGCACAUUGUCCAGUGUAUUAUGGUUGAGAUGGUUGCCAUGGGCCUCCAGCCAGACCAUAAUAAGGCUUGUGAAAUGGCAGAUAAAAUCGUAAAUUACAUUCCUGAUGAUGAGAGACGCAUCUCUGUCUCGGGUUGCAUGAUGAUUGCCAGGCGGCUGAGGUACUUCAUGCAAUAAAACAAGGAAGUUCCUCAGCCGGCUGGCUGAGGCGGCGGGCUUAUUUCGCUUAGCCUCGCUACUUUAAGCUAGAGUUGCGUUCCAUCAACGUGAAUUAGGGACUCUCAGCUAAGUACCCAUGGCAAUUUUUCCGCCCAAACUAACCUGGUCGGUACCAGGCUAACUGUCAGGCUUACUUAAUCUGUGUUUCAGAGAAGUCCCAUCUGUCGGCAACAAGUGUACCGUCAGAUGGUUCUGCCAAGCCCAGUCCUCACGAUUUUGGCAUAAAUGUACAUAUGAAUAUAAAGUAGCCUAAAACAGCAUAUAUUUUCACUAAUAUGAUUAAAUGAUGCAAAUAAAAUAAUAAAAUGAAUUGCUAUCUAUUGUUA